CCACUAACAACUCCUGCCUACUUUCAUCACUUUGACUUGAGAGCUUAAGCAGCUUUGAGAUACAAGAAACCCAUCCUUCCCAGAUUUGCUCAACUUCAAAACAAUGCCUAUCAUAGAAAUUGUCCUGAGUGCUGUAACAACCGUUUUGUUUGAGAGAUUGGCCUCUCUUGAUCUGUUGAAAUUUGCUCGCAGCCAGGGAAUUCUUACCCAGGUGACGAAAUUGCGCAACGUUCUGAGGACUAUUCAAGCGGUGCUCAACGAUGCAGAGACUAAGCAAAUAAGGGACGAAGCUGUGAAUCAGUGGCUGGCGGAACUGAGGGAUCUGGCUUACGAUGUGGAUGAUCUAGUGGACGAGAUUGCGACAGAAGCUUUCGCCCAUGAAUUGAAGUUGGAGUCUGAAGCAGCUACCACAAGCAGGGUUCGGACCUUCCUCCCUACUUGUUGUAGUAAUUUCCCAAGAUCUGUUGGGCUCAAACUCAAGUUGGGCCCCAAGAUUGAGGAGAUCACUGCAAGAUUACAAGAUAUUGCAAAACUAAAAGAUGAUCUAGGUUUGAGAAUCAAUCCCGAAGCAAGGUCAAACACAGGAACAGAGAGAAUGACUGCUUCUUUGGUGGAUGAGCCCCAUGUUUAUGGUCGGGAAAAGGAUAAACAAGAAAUACUUUGAUCACAAAUUGCAAAAAAUUGAAGCCUCUAUCAGAGUGGGGCCUCCA